GAUGUCACUCCCAAAACGGCCUAGCGCGAGUCCCCCACGCGCCACGACCAAAACAACCGCGUGCUUGCGGCGGACUUGCAAGAGCCAAACUCGUCAAAGUGUUUAGGCACCGCUGCGCAAGGAGCGCUUUGCGAAACUCGCCAAUCCUACAAGUCAACAAUCCCGUCUUGAAUGUCUCGAGUGGUCGCUGUCAAUUGCGGCUCGAACUUAGUGGAGUCCUGGAAGCGCGCCUUGGACGCCGCCCGACACUCGUCCCUCAACACCCCCGUUCUCGUUGCGAGGUGCCGCCGGCUCGGUUUCCUGCGACCGCGCAACCAUUACACUUUAGACCACCGAUGAGGAAUACGGGAAGAGAUCUGGUCGGCACAACUCGAUUGAUAGAUUGGAUACAAUUUUGUGUCGCAUGUUGAAGGGGGUUGGAGUAAGGCGACGACAUCCGACACCGAGGACCGAAUAAUUUGCAAGGAGACAAAUCCCCACCUUUUUCACAACACAACCUACCCUCCCCGUCUAGAGGAAGCGAGGUUGCGCUUUAUUCACCUUAAGCUCAUUACCUUGUACCAUAUCUACACCGCUACCGACUUCCCCGUCCGUCCCUGGUGACAUGACCGUCACGGUUUUGGAAACCCCUAGGAUUAAGACGAAGCGUCGCGAACCUCUGAAGUCAAUUGAUAUGGCAACGUCCCAGGCGCGGGCACGCCCUGCGUCUUCUGCCGCGCCUGGUAGAAAGGAGACAAGAUCGAGUACGGGAUUGAGUUUGAGUAGUGUGGAGAAGAACGAAGAGAAAACGGCUGCUAAGAGAAAGCAAGACGCUUUCAAUGACGAAGAUGAGGGUUUCCAGUUUACUCGCAUUAAGACUAAGAAGUCGAAACCGACAGUGGAGACUAUACCAGAGCUUCCACAGCCUCCGGAGGGCCCUGCUCCGAAACCGUCACCGAGGAGAGGCCGGCCACCUAAAAAACGACCAGUAGAGAAGUCGGAGAAGAGUGCGGCAGUGUCGAAGAAGUCAUCGGAGGGUUCGAGCAGGCAGACGAGGGCGACUGCGAAAUCGAUGUUAGCUGAGCCAGAAGCGCAGCCUGCGAGCGCCACGCGCUCAACGCGCAGACGAGACCAUGUGGAAACGGUACCGUUAGAGAAGAAGCGCAAGAAGGGCAGGCCGAGUAAAUCUCAUGAGGACCAACGGAAUGGUUAUGUUUCACCUGAACCACAGGCUGGGACGUCGAAGAUUACAUUGCCUGUGGCCGAUACGCCGGUCAUACAGCGGAACAAGGAGCUGAGGGGUGCGGCAAAAUCUGGGAAAGGAAACAGGCGGAGUAGCUUAGGGAUGCGAGGACGGAGUAGCUUAGGGAUGCGAGGACGGAGAGCCAGCUCCCUAAUUGACUCUGGGGCGUCCAAUGCAUUACCUCAUGACCAAGUUGACACGGCUGAAUUUUACAAACACAUUGCGAGUGACCUACCGGAACCACGGAGGAUGAGGCAGCUUUUGAUUUGGUGUGCGACUCGUGCAAUGGGCGAUAAACGGUCAGGCGAGCGAUCGGAAGACGCGAGCGCUCGUCUAGCGGCGCGUGUAAUCCAGGAAGAACUGCUUAAAGACUUUUCUACGAAUUCCCAGCUUUCGAACUGGUUCGAACGAGAAGACGUGGAUCCGCCGGCUGUCGUGGUUAAGAAGCCAAAUCCGAAGAAUAUCCAGAAUGCAGAUAAGAUUAAAGAAUUGGAGGAACAAAUACAGAGGCUACAACGAGAGAGGCACGCUCUCAACGCACUUCUUCGGCCACCUUCUAUUCCACAGAUCAAACCCUCGAAGCAAGAUGAUAGCGCAGCAAAUGGCCAACCAGAGCAUUCGCAGCCCGAGUCCGAGCCGAUUGACUUAUCUCUAUUAGACCCUUCCCAACAGAAGAUCUACGAAUCGAUAGAUCCCGACUCCACAAAACGGACAUCAGAUACCGAGGAUCAAGCGGCGUCAUCAUCUUCAUCAGAAACCUGCCUACCCCCAGUAACACCUUCAGCUGUAUCCACACGUCUUUCCCGGAUAGCCCGUGGGUUAGCACCAACUCUCGACUCAUUAGCGGCCGGCAUCCACGAUAUCGAACUCUACCGCACCAUGUCAGAUACCGUCUCAUCACGGGUACUACGCAUUUGCGCCGAGCGUCUAGAAGAACGAGAUACAAGGAACGCAAUGCGCCGGCUUGCAGGGGAGGAAGGCGAGAGCAAGGACCUCACCCUGCGCCCACGGCCGAGAGAAGACCUUAGUCUGAUCCUCGGGGCAUUAAGUCGGGUGGAGGGACGGUGAUGUGACUAUAUCGAUGUUCAACCGGAUUGGUUGAGUGUCUUCUUUCUUUGUCAUGUAUUUUCAUUUGUAUCCGGCCGAUCUACAAGGGCCGGGGUUGUUGGGUUUAUUCGUUGGCGGCAUACAAGCAAUGGAGUUGGGGUGUUCUGGACGAUGCUUGACGUGGAUAUGGGUAGCUAUGGCUAUGCUCGGACAGCAAUUCACUUUGACGCUUUACAAGGGAUCAGGAUUUCUUUUCCUUUCUAGGGAUUUUCCAUUUAAC